GUUGCUACUGAGGCUCUUCCCUUCUGCUUUAUCCAUGUCGACCUGAGAACUCAGACUUUGCCAUGCAAACGGAUCACAGGAAAACAAGGAUCAAAGGUCUGUUUUCAAAGUAUCGUGUUCUUCUCAUCUUUGGGCUAUGCUUAUUCAUUCUGGGAUACUUCUGGCAGGCAUCCAAAGGAAGUUGGCUGAAGAGAAAAAUCUCAAUAUUGUGUGACACACAAAGAAACAAGAUUGAUCCUUUCCAUGGUUUACUGGGAAUAAAGGUAUCCAGAAACAAAACUAACGUCUUGCAUGGUUUGCCAGAAAUAGCAUUACCAAGAAUGGUUUACUCAAAGCCACACAUCUUUAAGCCACCGAGAACUGAUGUCCUUACAAUGACUCCCUGGCUUGCCCCAAUCAUUUGGGAUGGGACCUUCAACUUGGAAAUCCUGAAUGAGCAGUUCAGACAAAGGAACACAACCAUCGGACUGACAGUGUUUGCUAUCAAAAAGUAUGUCGUCUUUCUACAGCGAUUUCUAGCAACUGCAGAAACCUAUUUCAUGGUUGGGCAUAGAGUGAAGUAUUAUAUCUUCACCGAUAGGCCUGAAGCUAUUCCUAACAUGAAUGUCAAAGAAGGAAGGGAGAUAGUCCCUCUUAGAGUCCAAAAUUACCCCAGGUGGCAGGAAAUCUCCAUGCGCCGGAUGGAGAUGCUCAGUUAUUACUCUCAACAGCGCUUUAUCCAUGAAGUUGACUUUCUGGUGUGUGUUGAUGCAGACAUGCAAUUUAGCAAUGAAGUUGGAGUAGAGAUUUUGAGCGAGGUAUUUGGCACGAUUCACCCAGGUUUCUACGCUGCUGAGCGCCAAGCAUUCACCUAUGAACGACGUUCCACCUCUGAAGCUUACAUUCCUCUUGAUGAGGGUGAUUUUUACUACUGUGGAUGCUUCUUUGGAGGAACAGUGGCCGAGGUUCACAAGCUCACAAAGAAGUGCCACGAAGCCAUCAUGGCCGACAAAAGUAAAAGCUUGGAGGCCAUCUGGCAUGAAGAGAGCCACUUAAACAAGUAUUUUGUGUACCAUAAACCAACCAAAAUACUUUCCCCAGAAUAUCUGUGGGACAAUGGUUUAGGUAGUCCACAGUUUCUCAAGAAAAAGAGAUUCCUUACUGUCCCGAAGAACCAUGCUGCAAUCAGAAAUAAAAGAAAUUCAAAUCUGAAAUGAUAUUGAAACGUUUUCUGUUGAAUGAAUAACACUUGAAAUAAAAUAUUAUUUUUCAAAGGCCCAUCAUA